UAUCGUUAUCUAUUAGGAAAGUAUUAGCUAACGAAAAAUUUUAGAUUAAUCAGUAUCAAGUAACUGCUUCAGAAAUAUAGAUACGGUAACUCCAUAUCUUUAUUUUGAAGCACACACAUUUGUGUUAAGUAAUCUAGCGUUAGGUUAAGUUAAGUUGGUUUUGAGGAACAUUUUGCAGAAGAUGUGGUAUCCUCCUCCUCCUCUCCUGGUUCCGUGUUACUUAGAGCCGAGCUCGUGCAGUGCUUCAGACCUGCCCACUACACUGAUGUGGCAGUUUGUACCGUUUGACCAAUACAUGUGCUUUGCUAUGAACGAAAUGAGCGGCUCCAGGAAUCUUCCUAUUUCUGUGGAGGAUGGAAGGUUAUUCCUAUUAAGAAGGUCUGUGUUCGACCUUGUAAAAGUCAGUCGUUGUCUGGAGCUGACUGAUCCGAAGUUGCUUGGGUGGUAUCUCUCCCAACCAGCAGAAGACAGGAAACUGAUUCAAGAAGAAGGAGGAUUUUUGAAUUUUCUUCAAAGACACCCUGCUCUUGAAGUGACUAGGCAUUAUAUUCACCUGAAAUAUCAGGUCCUAGGAAAACAAAUCACUCCUCCAGCAACUAUGUCAUCGAAACCUAACAAAUUCUGUGGUGGUGCGUCAGAGUGUCUGAAUUGUGGUGCAAGUUAUGCAUCUGGGGCUAAAUAUGGCAGAUGCUGGAACAUUACUGCCUCAAACCUGCAGGGGAAUGUUUGUGCGUUAGAAGAAGAAACGCCACUAGGCCUGCUACCAAACAGUGUGAAAGAGGAGCUGAAUCUCAUAACAGCUACAAGAUAUGAAGCAUCAGGGAGGAGACUUAACCAGGUUGCUACUGAAAAUCCUGGCUACCAUGGUUUUGGUGGAGCUUGUUUAGCACAGGCCUGUGCACACCAGCAGGAAGUACACACCUCUAAGGCUAAGUAUCUGUCUCAGUUGUGGGACGAAGAAACGUGUAAUGAUGAAACGGGUAUCAGAGUCUAUAAAGAUCCCUCAGCACAAGCAAGUUACUUUCUGGACAUGGAGCUUGAGAAGCAAUGCCACCCCAACGAAACUAACCUAGGCAAUGUACAUAAUCUAAACCAGGAGACCCUGCCUGAGUACUACAGCUUAAACAGCACUGGCCUGGAGCAAUGCAGCAAUGUCACUGAAUCGCAGGAGCCAAGCUGCAGUGACUCCCUUCAGGCCACAAAGGGCAGCACAGGAAUGUCCACUGAUGGGCCUGUAGAAAGCUCUCUUGCUUCUGGUGCUGAGAAUUGUGCCUUUCCUGAUUCUGCAUCUUGCCACUCUUCUGAGUGGACUGACUACACAGAAGAUAACCAGGAUGUCAGCAACGAGGAAGACUCGGGAUGUGAGCCAAAGUCAGAUGAGUAUCAUAGUCUCGUUGAUGAUGUUUCAAGUCCGGUAGCACUAUCUAGUCAGCUCCCAAGCAGUAGAAAUUCUGUUAAUCCAGGCUGGUCAGAAUCCAGAAGAGUAUCUACAUCUGAGGAGUCGUUUCUGUCUCUAGGAACAAAUAAGCUUAAUGUCCGUGUGGAGCUGCAAAGGAAAAUUGAAGCUGCUCCUGUUCCUCUAAGUGUAAACAAGGCAGUGGAUGUCUCCAGUGAUUUUAGAGCUUGUUUUACAACUAAUCGCUCAACAGAAAUCAGCCAUAACUGUUUUGAGAAGCUUUGCAGAGACGCCGCUACUGGCACAGACUUAGUCCCUCUUAACAAUGAGCAGGAGACCAAGACGAUUCAAAUGUCCACUUCUGAGAAAGGCACAAUAACUGAAGUCCACAUGUCUGACCUGGAUGUCGUUUGUGAGGAAUUCGAAUACCUAAAGAGGAUUGAAAUGGAGCACAAUAAUUUGAAAGAGAAGAUGGCAAGGUCCGGUCCACGCAAUCCUGGAGCAUCUGAGUACAAGGGUCAGCAGAGAGUCUGUGGUUGUGACUGUCUUCAUCGUGCAAAACGAGCCGAGUUGCGCCUACUGGCUUUACAGUUUGCCAUGUGCCAGCAGCACUGCUGGAGGUGCUUUUACACCUCUUCACUGGGCGAGUCUGCACUUCAGGGGGCUAAAGCACUGCCUAAGGAGCUGUUUCAGACUCUAAAGACCCUGGAAGAUGAUUACCUAGAGAUGAAGAGGAAGAUUCUGGAAGGGAUUCAUCUUGAUAACCUUGAGCCCUUGUCUGUGGACGUUUGCAGCAUAAUCACAGUGACAAACUACAGUCCUGCUUUGGUAUUUAAGGACAAUUUAGGAGAUGUUCCAACUGAAGAAGCGCCAAGGUCUGAAAGUUAUCCUGAAGAUCUAGACCAGUGUAACCAAGCCAACCAGGAUAAUGCUACUGCAUCAUCUGAAUCGCAAGGUGCCAUCAGUAAGCGAUGCAGAGCGGUGUGUGUCCUCGACCAGCAAACGGCUGUCUCCAGAGAUGCUAGGCCUGGUGGGUUUAAAGAAUCCAGCUGCACAGAGGAUUGGUUUGAUGCCCAGGAAGAGCUUGGAUCCGCUAGUCAAGGAUGUAAAGAGGAGAAACAGGCAGGACUGUCUGACCGAGAGAACCCAGUGAAGAUUUCCCAGAAAGAUGAUAGAAAUGGAAGUACAGACCAGGGUUCCUUGCUGUGUGUCACAGACUUUCCAAGUAAUGUUACUCAGAAUGAAUUGCUGCGUUGGUUUGAGAGGUAUAAUGCCAAACAAGUGAGCCUCGCCACUUUCAGCAACAACAGGGCUGCCAUCGUGGGUGUGAGCAGCCCCUGUGACGCAGAGGCCGCAGUAAGGGAGAUGAAUGGGCGAUCCAUUCAAGGCCACACUGUCCGUGUGGAACACAUCCACAGGUCUCCAGCAGGCUGCCAGGGCCCCAUCAAAGCACCCCGUGCUGAAUGUGUCCCAGCUGCCUGUAAAGCAGCGACUGUAGAAGAAGGGCAGAGCACACAGGGCUCAAAGAGAAAUACACAUUUUUGCAAACCUCUCCGCAGCAGUUUGGACAAGCUUAUCAACGUAUGCGAUGAGCCCACUGCGUCUGGUACGUAUGUUCCACAGCACUAUGCCACCAUGGGCAGCUUUGAGACGCUCAUGGCCCGCUUAACAGAGCAGCACCCAGGUGUAAGUCGAGAGAGGAUUGUUGCUGCGCUGCUGGAGCUGCGAGCAAAGCACCGGGGCAACCUCAGUGGCCUUCCGCUGAGAGCUAUAUCGGACAUGACCUCUGACCUUCUGGCUCAACCAUCCACAACAGUGUGAGUGGGGCAAAGGUCACAUUUCCCUGCUUUAAAUUUCCAAACUUGUGUUUUGGUUGUCUUUCUUUGUUUGUUUGUUCAUUUAUAGUAAAUAGUAAUUAUCAAAUUAUCAGAUCAAAAAUGUUUUUUUGCAUCACUUGUUCUUACUAGGUAUUCUAGGAAUGUUAAUGCAAAUUAAUUCUGUUAGGACAGAAGCACAGAUUUGCUUUCAGUUUAAAAUAUUUCGUACCAAUAGUAGAUUGUCUGUAAUCUAGUAUAAAAACUUAAAUCUUACAUUUGUAAGAUUCUAUUCCAAAUUGUUGGGUUAUAUUUGAGGUUUUGUUUUCAUACUCUGUUUAGUUGAACAGCACAGAGAAUCUGAACAUUUUGUUUUAAAGUAACACUAAGCUGUUAAUACUGUAAUGGUUUUUGUGAACCAUUUGCUUUGCAUUUUUUCAUUAAAAUCCUUCUUUACUUCA